AGCCACUUCCGAAUUCGAGAUGUCGCAAUUCAUAGCGUCGACUAAUAUCCGGCCACGUUAAAAUAGAUUAUUUGAAGUAAAUUUUGUUAGGGAGUCGACUAUUCCGUCGCAAAUACGAUUUAUUAAAAGAAUUGUAGUUCGUAGAAGGUGCGUGUAAAUGUGUGUUUAAUAAUAAUUAGAUAAAUUAAAUGAAGCGAAGAAUGGAUUACUGGUCGACAUGGAUGCUUAUUGUUUCAAUGCUUUUUCACACUAUUUUACUUACGGGUGGCGUCGAAUUAAGCUUCGAAUUGUCUGAUAAUGCAAAAGAAUGUUUUUAUCAAGAAAUUGAAAAGAAUGUUUCCUCAACACUUGAAUUUCAGGUAGUAACUGGAGGUCAAUACGACGUAGAUGUUACAUUAGAGGCACCGAAUAAAGAAAUCAUUUAUAAACAAGUGAAAACACAAUUUGACUCUCAUCCAUUCAUACCAACUAUGUCAGGAGUAUAUAAAGUAUGUUUUAGUAAUGAGUUUUCUACAUUCUCCCACAAGCUUGUAUAUAUGGAUUUCCAAGUUGGAAAUGAAUUACCACUUCCCGGUUUAGGAGAACAUGUCACUGUUAUGACUCAAAUGGAGUCAUCGGCACAAGUAAUCCAUGAAAAUCUAAAUAAUAUUCUUGAUUACCAAACGCAUCAUCGAUUAAGAGAAGCUCAAGGUCGUAAAAGAGCUGAAGAUUUGAAUGAACGGGUUUUAUGGUGGUCCAUGAUGGAAACCGUAGCUAUUCUAUCUAUCCCUAUAGGACAAGUGUAUUUCCUCAAGAACCUCUUCACGGACAGGAAACCCUACCAAAGGCUUUAGCAAGAUGUAAGAAAUUUUUACUUGUGGCUGAAAUAAAAAGGCAACAUAUCCAUCUAAAUAAUCUGGUCAGUGGUGAUACACACUUGAGAACUUUGGAUGUUGUCAUGAUUGUUAGUGGAAUACAGAUAUCGUGAUGUGUCUUUUCUACAUCUAUGCUAAAGUUAAAGACUUGGCAAGACAAAGGAAAGAAUGCAACAUGAGAAAGAUUUUUUUUUCUUUUUUGUAUAUUUUGAAAAAGGAUCGCUGUGAGAUACAAGCAUCCUUAGCACAUUAAUUUAUGAAAUACGGAACAUUUUAUCGCGUGUGUCGUUAGAACUAUGAGCUAUCAAAGAAGAAGGUGCAAGUGUUUGGAAUGCCAUACAUUUUAGCACUGUAAACUCCUAAGUUGUAGUUAUACUGACAUAAACGGUACAAGAGACACUGACGUACUCUAAUCAAGUUUUUCUUAAUGUGAAUGUGUAAAAUAAUAAAUUAAAAUGUUUGGGCGUGAA